UUGAAUAGAUAAACAUGCUGCCUACACCGUCUAUUUUUAUCGUGACAUAAGACAUAAAUAAGGGAAAAGUCAAUUAACCGUCAUGACUAUAGUUCAUCAGACCCAUCUUUUUCAAAAUCGCUUCAAAUUAUUCGGUGUUUACAAAUGUCAUUGCACCGUGAACCUAAUUGUUUGUAUACAAUCGAAGUGUCAUUUACUUAUCUUAAAUCUUAUUAGCAGAAAUCGAAUUAAAAUUCUUCAAUUAAAUUGAUUUAAACUGAUUUAAAUAAAAAGAUUAUUUUCUUGCUCUUUAAAUGAUUACUUCAUGUUCAGCAUGAUCAUAUUUUUAUUUUCCUAUGUAAAAAAGCCGUAGCAGAUUAUAAAGUAUAAGGCUUCAUUUGUGCAGACGUUCUCUGCAUGCUAUUGUUAUACCAGGGCACGUAAUCUGAGUCGUUCGUAAGCGUUCCUUAGUUUAUAUGUGACUUGCCGGUAGUUUUUCUGUAGUUACGAUAUUCAAUUAAUAUUAAUUCACAUUCAGAAGCGCAAACUUUCUUAAUAAAACCAUAUACAUGUAUGAAGGAUUUCAUACUGUUGUGAUGGAAAAUAACAUACAAUUUGUUCUAUAAUAGAGAUGUCUAUUUUAGAGAAAAUUUCAUACAACAUAAACACGCACGUUUAUACCAUAUACCCAUAGUCUUUGCCGAAGUGUCGCAUAGUAUUAUAUAUGGUAAUUGGAACUGCAGAGUCAGCAAAUGAACGUAAUCACUGGACUGCAGCCACAAUUUUAAUCAGAACAGACUGUGAACAUUGUAGAAAAACUAGACUUCACGACGGUGUUACCUUACUUGCUGUAAUGUAAUGUGCCUGCAACCUAUGUGUUGUAAUUUUUAAGACCGUCUCGAAGAUCUGAUCGGCAAUGGACGGUGCAAUCGGUUGAUUCGACAAGUAGAAACAAUGGAGUGGAAAACAAUUGCUUUGACUACGUUGAUUGUGAGUUUGUGCUUUUUGGCCAUACCAAUCAAAGUUGGACCCGCAGAUAAUGGCACCAAUAGUACUGAACAAACAAAAUUAUUCGAAGAAUAUGUUGAUCAAUACCAGAAGCCAUAUCGACAUAAUCCCGACGAAUAUCAAAAGAGAUUUUCACGGUUUCAGGAGUCAUUGAAAACAAUUGAGACUCUAAAUAAACAAAGAAAAUCAAACAGUGAUGCUCGUUAUGGAGUGACUAAAUUUUCUGAUAUGAGUGAAGAAGAAUUUCUACAAUUACAUUUACGUCCAGAUCUGCCGACUAGAAGUGAAAAACACCAUCAAAGUGUUAAUCAUCAUGAUCAUGCUCUGGAUCGAUCAAAGAGAGCCCCAGUGGUAAUUCCUGAUAAAUUUGAUUGGAGAGAUCAAAAAGUUGUUACAUCUGUAAAGACUCAAGGUGUUUGUGGAGCUUGUUGGGCAUUUAGUACUAUAGGGGUUAUUGAAACAUUGUUUGCAUUGAAAAAUGGAACACUGCAAUCAUUGAGUGUUCAAGAGAUGAUUGAUUGUGCAAAAAAUGAUAAUAAUGGUUGCGAGGGAGGAGAUAUAUGCAGCUUACUCAGUUGGUUGGUUGCUACUAAAACAAAAAUUGUCCCAGAAUCAAAUUAUCCAUUUAUACGUAAAACAGAUACUUGUAAACUACAGAAAGCCUCCAUGAAGACUCAAACUGGGAUUAGAGUCUCAGACUACACUUGUGAUAGCUAUGUAAAAGCUGAGGAUAAGCUGUUAUCAACAAUAGUAAAUAAAGGUCCUGUAGCUACAGCUGUUAAUGCUCUAUCCUGGCAGAAUUACUUAGGAGGAGUAAUACAAUAUCAUUGCGAUGGUGCCUAUACUAGUCUUAACCACGCAGUGGAAAUUGUUGGAUAUGAUAAAACUGGUCCAAUACCAUUUUACAUUGUAAAAAAUUCAUGGGGUCCUUCAUUUGGAGAUAAAGGAUAUUUGUACAUUGCGAUAGGAAGCAAUGUUUGUGGAAUUGCUCAUCAAGCAUCAACGAUUAACAUAGUGCCUUAAUAAAAUGUUCAUAACAUUUGAAAAGAAAAUGAAGAUUCUUUAAAAAUUAAAGAAAUUAAAAAUAUAUAUUAAUA